AUGGUUAUCUCAACAGCCACUUCAAAUAACAACAACAUUCAUCAGUUGCAAUCUUUCAACUCUCAUAACAACAAUUACCACCUUCGUGAUGCGUCCUUUUCUUCGUACUUGAACAACAAAGAAGAGAUCCUGGCAGAAUCAGGCCAUGGCUAUGUCAACAACAGAAAGGAUCCUCUAGGAGUAAAGAAGGAAUAUGAUGGAGAAAUUGGAGUAUUUGAAGCUGAAAAGUACUUCAAUGGAGAAGAGAUUGAAAGCCCCCCAAGAGUUGCUAAUAAUGAUGCCAACAAGCAUCGGCCCCAAAAAGAUGAACAAACAACUCUUGUAACCAGAAAGUACAAAGUUCAAAAUGGAACUCCAAGUGUAAGGUCUGAAUCAAGCUUGAAUAGCCAAAGUGCACUUUUGCGAAGUGCUGUGACGAACUCCUCAAGGAACAUGAAAAGCAAAUUGCAUAGGAAGAGUUUUCUAGUUGGUCUUGGUUGCAAAUGCUAUUGUUCUGACAAGAAUUAUGUUGAUAUUAGUCACCAUGCAGGUGAAAUCAGUUUCAGCAAAAAUUCUAGUCAUGGAAAAACAACUUCAAGAAAUAUGUUCAAUGCUGAUCCAGAGGCUAAUCAUUCAGUUAAAGUUACUAGGCCUCACGCAGCCGAAAUCUCGAUUAACAAAGAUGUUUACUUCCAAAGCCCAGAGAAGUUAGGGGUGGGAUUGAGCAAAGAAAAUAGUUUAGCACUCUCAGGUUUGAAUUCUAGCUUAGGAAAUAAUCUGGCGAAAAUGCAACUUCUACAAGUAGAGAAGUCAAGGAAUUCAUUGGAAGUGUUUGGCUCCCCAAUAUUGAGUAGCAGGAGCAAGUCUUUGAGCAUUAAGAAAAUGCAAAAGUAG